AUGUGGACGUCUCCCUCCGUUGCGGCAACGGCCGUGGCGCUCCUCCUCGCGGCGGCCCCUGCCCUCGGGCUCCUCCAAAACCCGUUCGUCGCCGCAGCCCUUGCCCCUCUGCCCGAGAUUGCCGACGCAAAUGAGGCCCCAGUUGAGGGCCAGACGCCCCCCGACGUGGUGAUCGAGCGGGUGGUGGCGUUCCCCAAAGGCGUCAACGCCACCGACGCCGUGGUGCUGCGAAACGUGGGCGGCCAGACGGCACUACUGACGGGAUGGGUUCUGGAGGAAGCAGGGCAGAAGGGGGCCGCGGCGUACAAAUUUGGGACCCCGGAAGGGUGCGAAGACUUUGCAACGAUCGCGCCGUCGCAGAAGCUGGAGUUGGCGCCGCUGUCGGACGAGAAUCCAUGCGGAUUCGCUUUUAGCAUCAGCUUCAGGGACGAAUUAAAACUGAAAAAUGAUAACGGCACUGUGGUUGCCAGCGUGGCCUGGGGAUCCUCCAAGGAAGGUACGUCGAUAAGGCGCCUUCCGGAUGGGGCGUAUAUAGAGGUCAACGAAACUACCGACGUCCUUGGCGUGCUUGAGUCUCUAGGAAACUACACGGUGUUCUUACAGGCACUCAAGGCAACUGGUCUGGACAAGAAUCUGAGGUCCAAGACUGCCCCGGAUUAUGACGGGGUGAGAUACCCCUCGCCACCUCCAGCACCACCGGUCGUUCCUCUUUUCCCUUCCACCUUCGGAUUCGCUGUGGACAGAAGCACAUUGCCACCGCCGCCGCCGCCUCCACCCCCUCCACCUCCGCCCGCGCAAGGCGUGCCUUCUCAUGGACCUUUCACGCUCAUGGCUCCCGACGAUCGCGCCUUUGACCGUUUUCGAGCUCUUCUCGCGGGUACUGGAAAUAAGCCCCUGGACGUGGAGCUUGUUCUGGAGCUUCCAGAGCUAAAAAGCAUCCUGCUGUACCACAUCAUUCCGGGUGGAUGGUCGUCAGAGCACUUGAGAAACAACACAGAAAUUUUCACGGCACAAGGUGUCGAAGUUGUUCCUUUCAUGGAUGCCGCAAUGACAGAGGGAAAGAUCAUGAUGCACGAUUCCUGCGUGGACAAGCCAACGCCGGACAGAUAUGACUGCUUUGAGCAAGUUGAAUUCGGCAAGUGUCACGACCCCUUCAUGGUGAGUCCGCUGGGCGCUCAAUGGCAAGGAGGUUUCUGCCAGCGGACGUGCGAAAGGUGCACAUGCGCUCGGGGUUCUCGAGCUUUCUGUGCUGAGGUAACAGUGCCGGACAUCGUGGCCACCAACGGGUUCAUUCACGGCGUCAGCCGGGUGUUAUUUCCGCCGCCCAUAUUCGAGAAAGACCCCCUCGCCUUCGCCGUCGCACCGUCAGCCGACGCCGAGGCCCCAGGAAGCGUCGCCGACGCUGACAUGGACAUUGCGUCGAUACUGGACAACAUGCCUGCCACACCAUUGGGCACAGAAUCCAGCGUGGGCCGCAAGGUGGGGCCUUCAUCAGCCCUCGUCAGCACGCCGAGAGCGCAGCCGAAAUCUAAGAUCAUGGGCUCCGGGGCCACGACCCUGCCGCCCCCAACGUUUCCAAGCGCUCGAGUGGCUGUGGGCACCAGCAACAGAGGGUAG